GAAGCCUACGAGUGGGAGAUGGCUAUCAUGGUACUUUGGUCUAGGAAAGAAAUAAUGCCUUGUCAUAUGAUGGUUGAGAAUGGGUUCAUUGUUGAAGCGAACAGCAAAUACUGGGGAAAGCACCACGUUUCUCUUGGUUUUCAUGUAGGGGAUGACGCGGAAUGUUGA